CAACCCCGUCCCUAUCGCCCCCCAUCGUCUCCCUCACCACCAGUCACCACCGCCAGCUCCCCGCCUCUGCCUCCUCCAGGCGACCAGGCCCCCAGCUUUGGCGUCGACGGACAGAUACAGCGGCGCCAUUUCCAAAGAGAGACACAGAUCGCGCUGCCCAAGGAAAAGAAGCCGCGCCUUCUCCCCUCUCCCUUCUUUCUUCCCUUUUAUUGACGGGAUCGUCCGCCGGUUCCAUUCCAACACUAAUUCCUCACGGGGGUUCCAUUUGGAUUCGGCCUGGAUCCGCGAGAUCAAGAAAAACGCCUGCAAUUAAACUGCCAAGAUUAACAAGAAAAAUAUAACCAACCUUGAUUGGCUGCAAUAAUCUUUCUUCAAAAAAAAGGAGAGAGCCUUCGGCGGCGGCCGAUCUUGGCUCGGAUGGCAGCGCCGCCGCAGCCGCUGGCGUCGCUGGACUACUGGCGGUGCUUCUUCAGCGGCGCGCGGGCUAGCAUCUUUGACGCCAUCGACGCCGCCAUCCGAGUAGCCGCCGCCGACCACCCCGACGCCCUCCGCGCGCGCCGCGACGCCAUCGCCGAGCGCCUCUACACCGCGAUUGUCGCGCUUCCUGCAACACAGGAGGCGCCGGGGCAGUCCACCCCGGGCCAGCCGGCGCUCCUCCUUCCCGAGGGCGCCGCCAGCGUGCCCAGCCUCUGCAGCUCGGACCGCGCCGAGGUCGUCAACAACGACGGCGGCGGCGCGCCGCUGACCAACAGCGAUGACGACGUGGUCGCCGAGGCGUUCCGUAUCAAGGCGGCUCUCUCCAAUGCCCAAGACAAGUCGGAGGCCGAGUUGCUAGAGCUUCUGGGGAGGCUGGGGCAGCUGGAAUUCACGGUGGACGCCAUCAGGGCUACUGGGAUUGGAAUGGACGUGAGACCGUUGCGAAAGCAUGGCUCGAAACAGAUUCGGCAACUCGUCCGAUCGCUCAUUGAAGGUUGGACGGCUACUGUUAACGAGUGGAUGAACAAUGGAGAUCCCGUUGUAGAUCAUACACCACAAUCAGUGGAUGCUUCUUGCCUGGAUGAGGAAGAAGGGGGUCUGCCAUCCCCUCCCAUGGAUGAGGCAGCCUUGUUUGCAGCACCAUGUACCUCAAUCGAGCUAUCCGAGUUCUUCGAUGAAAUGGAUGACGACGGAAAUAUUAGGGCCGACGUCAAGGACGGCGGGCAGCGUAAUCCGGCAAGCCAGGAGUCGGUCAGCAAGCAGUCACCUACGGUCCAGCAGUAUGACCCAGAGCAGAACUGGAAGCUAGACCAGUCUGCCACGAAGCAACUGCGACCAAACGAGGCAUUCGGCUGGCAGACAACGCAGCGGUCGAAUUCGGGGGCGCAAGCGAAGGCGUCGAGUGCGGCUUUUGGUCCAGGGAGACCUCAGGCGUCGCAGAUGGGGAGGCCGAGAUGCUCGGAGGUGAAGCCAGAGCAGCAGCAGCAGCAGCAGCGAGACGUCUCGGUGGCUCAAAGAAGACCGAAACCGACAGUGCCUAAGCCGCCGCCAACUGAGCAUGAUGAAUAUCCAGUCCGCGCGAAGCAACAGCAACAGCUUGCAAAGGAUGGCAAGCUGGAGGCUACGAAGCGUAAGCUACAGGAGGGUUACCAAGAAUUCAACAACGCGAAGAAGCAGCGGACGAUCCAGAUGGUGGAUCCACAGGACCUGCCGAAGCAAGGGAGCCGGAACCUGGCGCUGAGCGGCAAGCCGAGGAACAGCAGCAACAUCAGGAACCGGCUGGCCGUCCGCCGCUGACGCUGAUCCCGUCCACCCCAUCCAUGCUUUUCACUAGUUCUGGAGACCCGCCCUGCUUGUAUACUAUAACCUGGAUAUAUGGAUCAGUCUAGCGUUUCUUUCUUUUGGGGUCCAGCACCAUAUACACAUAUACUUGUAGCCCCCCUCUAACGUCUUUGUCUUGGGUCAUACUUAUAGAGA